CUCAAAAUGGCUUCCGUCGAAGCUUUGACCAGUGUAGGUUUCUUAUUGUUUUUAUUUCGUUUAUCCGUCGCUUCAGUACCUGGUGAACGUCACGUCAAAUUCCAAUAUAAGCAUAGUUUUAAAGGACCGCAUUUAGUGAAUAAAGAUGGAGCAAUUCCUUUUUGGAAUCACGGAGGAAGUAAGUUGCCAUUGUUUUGAUAAGUGACUAGUGAAUAUUCAAUCUACACGUGUACAAAGUCACCUUAGUGCACGUUUUGUAAAUUUUUUACUGAUUUUAUUCUCCAAUUUAGGUGCUAUCCCCAGCGAUGAUCAGAUUCGAUUGACUCCUUCAAUGACUAAUAAAAAAGGUUAGUUUCCUGCCAUAUGAUUUCUUUUAAACUGAACAAGCAAUCCAUCAGCCGGAUUUUAUACUUAAAAAAAGGUCUGUAAGGUAAAUACUUCUCCAGUUGUCACAGCUGAUUUCAACAACGGCGUAUGCACUCCGCGUGUAACCUAACUCAGGCCGAAUUUGUUGAAAAUGUGGAAUGUGAAUGUAUCAAAACAUUUACUUUUCAUCCUAUAAACAAUAGUCAAGAGGACAUGAAGGACAUCAUUGAGGUCGCGUGUAACUUUAAAACUUUUUGUUCCGGAAGUAUAAUUUAAAUUUUAGAUCACAACCUUGACACUCUUCUUUGAAAAAUAUUAUUAUACUUUGUCUUAGACUGAUUUCUUCAGGUUUCUUUGCCCUUGAUAUUUCUGUGAUGUUUUUCUUGUCUUUUGAUUCGAAUUCAACAAAAAUUUUGAAAUAUAUCUAGUUUCAAAGGGUAUCUUAUGUAAAUUAGCAGAAUAUAUAGGAGUUAUCAACUAUUUGAAGAGAUAAUAAUCAGUUGUUUGAACUUUAAAAUGUUUUCUGAAUUGUGUUUUUUUAUUAGCAACCAGUCAAAAUUUAUCUGUUCUCUUAGCUUGGGUCGUCUCUCAUUGACAUAAAAUAUUUUUUAUUAACAAGAUCAGAUAGAAUUGCCUUAGAAUUUUCAAAUCAUUUUUAUUGUGUUAACAUGUUUGUUCUGAUCAGGAGUUUUGUUAAAAAAAAAUUAAAAAUACUACCCACAUCCUCACCGACUUCAAGAAAGUUGGUAAAAUCCAACAUGAAGAUGGUUGGCCUGCUUUCCCUUUGCUGGGCUAUUUUCUCAGUGGCAAAGAGAGAAAGUGAGGCCAAAAUAGUAUAAUAUGUGAUAUACCUUUUCAAACAGGUUAUGCCUGGACAAAAAGCACCUUUCCUCAUGAGUGGUGGGAAAUAGAAGUAGCCUUGAAAGUAACUGGAAGAGGGAGGCUUGGUGGAGAUGGUGUGGUGAGAUACAUAUCAUUGUCAAUCAACAGUUGAAUAGCUACUGUGAUCCAUACGAUACAGACACUUAUGGAGUACAUGAAAUAAUUUUAUUGUUUCAUUUUAUUAUUACUUUAUUAUUUCAUGUGUACAUGUGAAUAACAGUGAGAGGAAUAAUAUUUAAGUCCCUCCAGCCUAGUGUCUAUAAUUUGUGGAGCAUGGAGAGUGAUCUUUUCAGUACCACUCCCUAUUCUGAACAAGAUAAAACUCUGUUAAAGGUGAUCCCUCCCUCCAUCACCACUCCUCUGUAAUUCAUCAAGUAUUUUAAUAUCUUGAAAAAGAUUUAAUGGUAAUCAAUUCAGUGUGUUUUGCAAAUUUGUCACUUUGAUCAAAUUAUUACUAAUAUGAGGAAGUCAGAACAGUGUAGUCUUUCAGACAGGACUUAUUAUUAAUCUUCUCACUCCUAAGAUCUCAUUAGUAGUUCUCUUUAAAUUGUCUAUCAUACAACUCUUAGGAUGUCGGUUCAGAUAACUUGGUCUUGAAUCUACUAAGGAUAAAUUCUCUCACUCAUGGGUUAACAAUGAUGUACUGAUCUUUUACCCAGGCCAUUUGGUUUACAGAAACUGCAGGCAUUGAAGGUCCUGCAUUUGGAAAUACUAACACAUGGAAAGGUCUUGGUGUUUUCCUUGAUUCAUUUGACAAUGAUCAGCAGGUAUGUUGAGUUACAUCUUGUGAUUCUUAUACAAAUGAUAAUAUCAUUAUAAACAUAUUAUGUAGGUAUUGAAAUUAAUUCAUUCUCAGUGGAGAGUUAUUUGACAAGGAGGCUAUUGAUUAUUCUCUACUCUAUCAUUGUACUGGAAAAGGUCUUACUUUUGGUAAAGUCUUUUUGUGUAAGAUUCUAAUAUUUUAAAGUAUUCAGGUCUGAAAUACAAACUUGCUUUUUUUUGUUACUGGUUCAUAGCUAUAUGUCCUGUGUCCCUUUUCUGUUUUUAUUCACUGAUGUUUUAUUGUUUUUUAGGGAAAUAAUCCAUUCAUUUCAGUAAUGUUAAAUGAUGGAAAUCAGAUUUAUGAUCAUAACAAGUACGUUGUGACUAGUAAAUACAUUAUUUUCAUGAUUCAUGUACCCAUAAUCUAAAAAUAGUUUACUUAUUAAUAUGUUUUUUGUUGAUAAUGAGCAUUGUUAAUGUACACAUAUUAGAUCAGUAAACAAAGGGAAAUUUGGAGAAACUUUAGGCCUCAACUGAAAAUUUUCAUUUCAUACAUACUGAGAUUUAGUCUGUGACCUCAUUUGUCUCAUAUUGGUUGAAUGAUGUAUUUUCACAGUUGUUAGCUUCUAAUCUUUGUUGGUCAAUAAGAAAAGAUCUUAGUAUGUAUAAAACAAAAACAUUGUUGUGAUGCAUGAAAAAAACUCACUUUUUUGCUGUCCUCACUUGUUUGUUUUUCAAUACAUCACAACUUGUGAAUAAAAAUUGUUUGUGCUCAGUUUCCAUGAAAUAAUCUCUAUUUCUUAAUUAACAAAUGAAUGCAUAUCUAAAAUACUUUGGAGCCUUUUGUCUAAGUUAUUUUUGUUUUGUCGUAAAUUUGUACAGUUGUUACAGUACAAAGAUGGGAAUAUGAAUACUGUGGUGGAUCUAUGAUAAAUGAAUAGAAUUAGAUUUGGAAUAGAUUGACCGCAGAUGUAAUGACUAUGCAAAGUUUCUACUUGUAAAAUCCAGCAAUCAACCAAAUUUCUCUGUUGCUUCCUUUUACACCUGAUAUCUAUUAGGCAGAUGAAAUCAAAUUUUAAAGGACAUUGAUUUUAGACUAGUUUGAUUUGGGUUCUCCUUAAUGCUAGGUACUUUACCAUAUCCCUUAAAUUAGUGAAAUACUCAUUAAACUUGUUUUAACCUUAGAAAAUUACAUCAUUAUGCUAUAUUGUGUCUUCUUUCAAUUUAAAUUAUGUGACUUUUGAUUCAAUUUGUCCUGAUCUGUUAGUUGUCAAUGGUUUAAGUAUAAUGUGACAAAAGGAUAGUAAAUCUGUAAAAUCUAGUCAUGUUCAGUUGUAACAUCAAUUUUCUUUCUUCAUUUUGUUGCAGAGAUGGACAGGAUCUUCAACGAGGUGGCUGCUUACGAGAUUUUCGUAAUCGACCAAACCCAGUUAGACUUAGAAUACGCUAUUAUGAGAAUGUGCUCACGGUUAGUGCAGAAAAUUCUUAGAUAAGAUACUCUUAAAAGCUUGUGUUAUUAUUAAUAAUUCAAGGUCCAGUUUUUCAAAGGGCAGAUAAUGCUAUCCAAUAGAUAAAUUGCAAUCCAAUGGAAAAGUAUUAACAAAACAUACUGCACUAACCAUGGUAUGGAGAUUAAUCUAGCUUACGGCCCUAUUCACCCUUCAUAAUAGACUUUCUAUUCAUCAACAAAUAUUUCAUUUCACCUGAACUCUUUACCAUAGUGGUGUAUGUAGCAUAUUGUCUACAAUUGUUCCAUUUUGAAGAGUGUAAUGUUUGUUCUCCCAUUCAGGUGUGGGUACAUAUGGGAAUGACCCCUAAACCUGAAGACUUUGAGCUCUGCACUCGUCUUGAAAACAUAAGCCUGGCCAAAAAUGGCUUCUUUGGUGUAUCUGCAGCUACAGGUGGCUUAGCAGGUCAGUAAAAGCAGUAUCAAACAUUGCAAAAUUUGCGAGGCAGUAGGAAACUGGUGAUAUUUGUUAAAAAAAAAAAGAACAUGAUCAGUUGUCAACUCAAAAUGUCCAGCCACUUUUAUGCACUAUUAAAUUAUGCCGGAGAGUGCGUGAUUACUUGCGUGACGUUAAUUUUGUCAACAACAUUAUCGCAGAGUUUCUAAUUUGUACAUGAUUGAUGUAACCUCGAAUUACCUUUUUCAUAGUGCUUAGCAACAAUCAAUCACAAUGUAGAGAAUGUAGUAUAAGAAUUAGGAUCUCGUUUCAAGUUGCCAGAGUAGCUCUUUACACGCCUGCUGUAACUGAGUGAAUACGUGAGAGCGAUUAAACAGUUAAACUCAGUCAAGUCUGUUGAUUGAGUCCAGUACAUUAGAAGACCGGUUAUCCCUAGUAAACGGGGCAAAGUUUACGAAAGUUAUACCGUCAGUCAUAUUGUUUUGUAUAUAUAUCAUGAUCAUGGUAUUUUUUGUUCUUAGAUGACCAUGAUGUUCUUUCUUUUAUUACCCACUCACUCACUCCACCUAAGGACACACAGGUAACUGUUACUUAGAAACUCCUGUGGUGUUCAUUUACUUAACUCUAACUUUAAAGUUUUUAUGACUUACAAACAAGUGGUGUUUAAAAUCUGUGGAAAAUUCUUGUUUCUAAUCUGAAAGGCCUUAAAUGUCUUGUUAGGUCCGCUGAAUUGUUGCAUGAGUCUCAGUAUAGAGUGUAACUUAUUAUUUUAAUAGUUACUGUUGUUAGUAGUAAUUCUAAAAGGACAUGAGUAUGAGAAGAUGUAAAACAACAUCUUUUAUAUUUUACUUUUUCUAGGGUGAAACAGGAAUGAGUGAAGAAGAGCAAAAGAAGCUUGCAGAGCAGUAUGAAGAAUACCAAAAGAAACUGGAGCAACAAAGAGAGGAGUAGGGAAAUACUUACUAUAUACAUAAAGCUGUUCAGUCCUAUUGUAAAUGAGUUGAGAAAUAUUGCCUGCAUUCAUCUCUUGACCUCUGCUCUACAUUUAUUUCUACAGGUACAAGACAGCUCACCCUGACAAAGUCAAGAAACCUGAAGCAGAGGUAACAAGUCUUGCUGAUAUCACCAACAAAUUUGAUAUUGGAGAAUUAUUUGCCUUUGAUGUGAGAAGAACCUAACCAUAGAAACUUCAUAAUGAUUUGCUUCUUACUAGUCGCAACAAGUAACAGCUCAGAAAAACUCACUAUUCAGUUGUAGUAAUCAAACUGAGAAAUUUUCAAUUGAGUUAUGUCUGUCUGUAGCUGGUAAAUGAUUUUUAUGGAGUUUUAGUUGAUGCCUAGUUGAUUUUUUGUUACUUUUUGUUUAUCUCUUUUGUGGCCUAACUGUUAGUUUUGGGUUUUAGUAUGAGAGUGCUUAUGAAAGAGAUGUUCGUUUGGUAUAUGAAGGACAAAAUGCUCUUCAUCAAAUGAUCAGGUACCAGUAAAUACUUCUUGCCAAUAAAAAUCAGUUAGUAUACAUAUUUGUUUGUAAUGAAAGGAAAAAUGAAAAUCCUUUUCAAACAGGGAUGAUGGUGUUAUGAUCCAUUGAAAAGAGAUGAUUGUCAUCUUUAAGACAAAAGGGUUCCAUUCUUGUAUUCAGUUUUAUGAUAUGAUUACCACUGAUGAAGAAUACCACACCAUGGUAUGUUAACUAUGGCAUGGUUAGAAUAUCAGCACUUGCAUAUACUACCUACACAAAUCUUAAAAUUUCAUGUAUUUGAAUGAUUAAACUCUGGACACAAAACUAAACAUUUAACACAUUUGAAGCUUGUUCUAAUUCAAUAUUUGGUGAAUUGCAGAUAGUUUGUAAAGCCACAGAAAAUGGUUUAUCAUGAUCUAUCAAAAUGCAUAGUUCAACCUUACUAGCAUGAAACAAAAUGCUUACUAACAAUACUUUACAAUGUUCUUGGGUUACUUAAAGUUCCUUAUAUUCUUACAAUAACUGGAAAUCAUAUGCAUUUUUCAUGUUCCUUCCACAGCAACCUUCACUCUAAAGUUGGUGAAUUAACAGUACAAGUAAAUACACUAUACACAUUGGUAACAACAGAUCAUAACCAGAUUGGACAAGUGGUUAGACAUGAUCAAACCAUUAAUAGACAAGAAGUGAACACACUAAUAAAUAUGCAGCAGCAACUCAGUUCUAAGCUGCAAGAAAUCAGGUAAGUGUAGUUCAAAUAGCAAUUUAGACAUUUGUGUGUGAAAUUUGAACAAUUCUGGCUGACAAAAGUAAUUCAAGAUUGCUUUGCUUUUGCUCUUUGUUGAGCUUUGAUUGGUCUUGUAAAAUGUGAGCCACCCUCUCAUUCAAUCAGUUUCAAGACUUCAACAAAGUGUGAAUGGGUUACUCAAACACGUUUUUCCAUGUUUCAAGCAGUUUCCUUGUUUUUUUUUUUACUUUGUGCACUCUAGCUCAUUGAUGCUCACCUUCGCAUGUAGUGAUUGGUCAUAUUGAUUCCUUGGGUUUUGAUCUCAUCACACUUAAUAUCAAAAUACCCUCCAAUGGCAGCAAGCAAAUGAUGAUCAUAUUUCGUAAUGUAAAUUAAUCUAGUUUACUAAAUAAUUUUAUAUAUUUGACAGUGUAGUCUGAUUGUCCAGGUGAAGGAAAGUCCUGAGAAGGACUUUUGUCAGUAACUGCCACUGACUUUUUGACAACCUUAGCAGAAGUCAUUAUCAGAGUCAAGACUCUGAAGAUUUUCUUAGGUUUCCCAAAGACUCUCUGUGAGGGUUGUUAAUACAUAAUUAUAGUCCUCAACAGAGGCUGAAUCACAUCUAAUAAUUCUAUUUCAGUUUUCAAAGUUUUCAAAGAGGUUUUAGUGUGCAUGACUUAAAUUAGGAACAGCAAAUUUUCAAAUGAUUUGUGAUCUCUUUGUUUACAGCAACUUAAUGAGUCAAGGAGGUAAUAUGGAGAGAAGAGAUGUUGGUGACUCAGCUGGCGUUAAUUCUAAACUUAGUGACAUGCAGAAUGCAAUUGAAUCACUAACACACUCAGUCAAUAGUGUGGCAACUAAACAACAAGUAAGAGUUCCAACUGCUGAUUGUUUACACAACCUCACUAAAGUAAUUUUUGUUUGGGGAGCAUUGUUUGAUUUGCCCUUUUCACUGCCCUCUUGAUUCAAAAAUAUGAUGUUAAUUUCAUUGUUUAAAAGUCAGGGUACAACAAUCUACCUGACCAUGAGGUUCUGUGGAAAAAGCUCCACAACCUUUUUCAAUUGUAAAUUGCAGAGGUCAGUUGCUCACAAGAUUAAUUAAGAUAAUUUCAUAUUUAGAUUCUGAAAUUGAACUAUCCAUGACACUAAGAGCAAACAAGUUAAGGUCUCAGUCUCAGCCAGCAAGCAUAUUUAAAAAAAGUUUUCUUGAGAUUAUAUCAUUUUCCUCAGAGGAAGAAAAUUCUGUAGCACUAAUACUUAUGAUGCUGACUCACUCCUGACCAAUGUUUCUUUUUCAGAUGAUGAGUGGUCAAGAGAAAAAAGAAUGCCCCCCUCCCUCACCCAUGCCACAGUGUAUAGGUCCAGGAUACUUUGUGGUUUUAAUUGUGGCCCAGUUAAUUAUGCUGAUUGGUUACAUUGGAUACAAAAAUCAAAAGGAGGCUGCUGCCAAGAAAUUCUUUUAG